GAAGGCAAGAUAGAAAUAGAGAGAGAAAGAAGAAACUCGGCACACAAAGGUUCACAUACGAAUUCGUGAAUCAAAUCGAUCGAUUUCAAAGCACAUCUGACAAUUCUAACCUCCUUUUAAAACAACUCUAGUUUAUUGCCCCAAUCCCCCUCUCUCUAUCUCUCUAUACUUAUACAAAUUAAACACACACUCGCAUACAUAUACAAAUUCUACGCGUUACGUUUUCGAUAAACAAAAAAAAAACAAAAAAACAAACAAACAAAAGAAAAAAAAGAAAAAAUUAAAAAAGAGAGAGAGAGAGAAUGGGAAGGAUUAGAGAGAGAAAGACUGUUCGUUCGCUUGUUCGAUGUUUCUCUUUAAAUCAAAAAUUCCAAUCUCUAUUUUCUUCGACUUGUUCUUUUUGGUUUAAUAAUUAUUCAUUUCAUUUAGUAUUUAUUAUCGUGAUUCUCCAAAUCUCACCGCACAUCUCCAUCACAGUUUUCUUUGAUGUAGGAAGAGAGGAUCGAAGAGAUUAUUAUUUGUAUAGAGAUAGAGAUAGAGAGAGAGAAAGUGCAAGCAAGCAACCAAACCAAAACAAGUGUGUAAAAGACUUUUAGAGAGAGAAAGUUUAAAAAAAAAAAAAGAGUUGAGAGGAAUUCGUAUUCUUUCCUUUCUUUCUUCGUCAAUACCAAAUAGUCUGAAAUCGAUUCCCAAAUCUCGAUGCCCUAGUUUUUGAUGGAAUUGAUCUGCGCAAAUGGGGGCUGCUUUGUAGAAUUUGAUCUUCCGAACCCUAGUUUCUGGAGAGAGAAAUUGUAGAGAGAGAAGGGCGACAAAGAGUGUUGGGUUUCUGCAAUGGAGGGAGGUGGUGGUGGUGGUUCGGAUGGGGAGAAGAAGAAGCCGCCGGAGUCUGGAGAGAACAAGGUGAAGCGGAAGAUGAAGACUGCUUCUCAGUUGGAGAUUCUGGAGAAAACUUAUGCUGCGGAGACGUAUCCAUCGGAAGCGUUGAGAGCAGAGCUGUCGGUGAAGUUAGGGCUUUCGGAUCGGCAGUUGCAGAUGUGGUUUUGUCACAGGAGAUUGAAGGAUAGGAAAACGCCGCCGGUGAAGCGCCCGAGGAAGGACGCUUCGCCGGCGGCGGUGGUGGCGUCUUCGAGUGGAGUUGGGGACGAGAUGGUGGUAGGUGAGGUGGGUAAUGAGCAUGUUUCUGGGUCAGGUUCUGGGUCGAGUCCUUUUCGACAUGUCGAGACCCAUCAGCAGCCGCACCCGCAGCACCACCAGCGAGUUGUUCCGCGAACUGGAGCUGCUAUUCCGAGGAUUGCAGCUGACAUGCCUGCCAUGAAGAGGUACUAUGAGCCGCCUCAGGCAAUAUCAGAGCUUCGAGCAAUUGCUUUUGUGGAGGCACAGUUAGGGGAGCCAUUGAGGGAAGAUGGGCCGAUACUCGGAAUGGAGUUUGAUCCCUUGCCACCGGGUGCAUUUGGCGCCCCCAUUGUGACAGUAGGGCAGCAGAAGCCAGCCACACGGCUUUAUGAGCCCAACCUAUAUGAACGACCUGAUGCUAAGCCAAUCAAGGGUGCUGCGAGGGCACUCCAUGAAUACCAGUUUCUGCCAGAGCAGCCAUCUGUUAGAAAUGAUACAUAUGAAAGAGCUGCUUCAUCUCACUACUUCAGUUCACCAACUGAUGUUCCUAGUGGCAGAAGUGCAUUACCUACUGGGCGCUCAUUCAUGCAUGGAAAUGAGCAAGUGCCCUCAGGAUAUGGUUUUCAAGGUCAGAUGCCAAAUUUGAGUCUUUUGCCUCAUCAAGGCCGGCAAGGCCAUCCAUUGCCUUCAACUUCAGGAGAGUAUGACAUUGUGCCACGAAAAAACUCUGUUGCAAACAUUGGUACAGAUGCUCAUUUUGGUGCUCACCCAAUAACCGGACUGGAAAAUCCAUUUAUCCCAUCUGACAGACGGGUCACCACACAUGAAGAGGACAUUUCUCGGAUAGAGAGGAAACGCAAGUUAUAUCUGCAGAGUGAAGAGGCAAGAAUAGCAAAGGAAGUUGAAGCACAUGAGAAAAGGAUUCGUAAGGAGCUUGAGAAACAAGAUAUUUUGAGGCGGAAGAGAGAAGAACAAAUGAGAAAAGAAAUGGAGAGGCAGGACCGUGAGAGGCGCAAGGAAGAAGAAAGGCUGCUGCGUGAAAAGCAGCGUGAAGAGGAGAGAUACCAGAGGGAGCAAAAACGUGAGAUGGAACGCCGAGAGAAGUUUUUGCAGAAAGAAUCUAUCAGAGCUGAGAAAAUGAGAUUAAAAGAAGAACUGCGUAGGGAGAAGGAGGCAGCAAGGCAGAAAGCUGCUAAUGACAGGGCUACUGCUCGCAGAAUUGCCAAAGAAUCCAUGGAACUUAUUGAGGAUGAACGGCUGGAGCUCAUGGAGUUGGCGGCUUCCAGCAGGGGUUUGCCUUCAAUCUUGUCUCUCGACAGUGAAACUUUGCAAAAUCUUGAAUUAUAUAGAGAUAAGCUCGUUGAAUUCCCACCCAAGUCUGUGCACUUGAGAAGGCCUUUUUCUAUUCAGCCAUGGACUGAUUCUGAGGAGAACAUUGGGAAUCUUUUAAUGGUCUGGAGAUUUUUAAUAAAUUUUGCUGACGUUUUGGGGCUUUGGCCAUUUACUCUGGAUGAAUUUGUUCAAGCUUUUCAUGAUUAUGAUCCAAGGUUGUUAGGGGAGAUUCAUCUAGCUCUUCUAAGAUCCAUAAUUAAAGAUAUUGAGGAUGUAGCAAGGACACCCUCUUCGACUGGGCUGGGAGUAAAUCAAAAUACUGCUGCCAAUCCUGGAGGUGGCCAUCCACAGAUUGUUGAAGGGGCCUAUGCGUGGGGCUUUGAUAUACGCAGCUGGCAGCGCCACUUAAAUCCAUUGACCUGGCCUGAGAUAUUGCGACAAUUUGCUCUAUCUGCUGGAUUUGGGCCAAAAUUGAAGAAAAGGAGUAUUGAACAAGCAUAUCUUCGUGAUGAAAAUGAGGGUAAUGAUGGUGAAGAUAUAAUUUCUAAUUUACGCAAUGGAGCCGCAGCUGAAAAUGCUCUUGCCAUAAUGCAAGAAAGGGGUUUUUCUAAUCCAAGAAGAUCUAGGCAUCGGCUGACUCCUGGAACAGUCAAAUUUGCUGCAUUUCAUGUUCUUUCUCUUGAAGGAAGUAAUGGCCUAACAAUAUUAGAAGUUGCAGAAAAGAUUCAGAAAUCUGGUCUUCGGGACCUCACAACAAGCAAGACACCUGAAGCAUCUAUUGCUGCUGCAUUGUCAAGGGAUUCAAAACUUUUUGAAAGAACAGCUCCUUCAACAUAUUGUGUGCGUACCCCCUAUAGGAAGGAUCCUGUUGAUACCGAGGCAAUCCUUUCUGCAGCCAGGGAAAAAAUUCAGAUAUUUAAAAAUGGAUAUCUUGAUGGAGAAGAUGCAGAGGAUGUAGAACCUGAUGAUGUUGAAAGAGAUGAAGAUUCAGAAAGUGACAUAGCUGAGGAUCCAGAGGCUGAUGAUUUAGGUACUGAGCUGAAGCCAAACAAUGAAGCUCUAUCUUGUGAAGCAAACAGAUAUCUAGCAAAAACUUUACCUGCAGAUGGAAAGGACACCUACUGUGAUGAGGUUAUGGAAACUCCAGAAGUUGGUGUUAAGAAUUUGGGUGAUAGUUCACCUUUGAUGCAGUCUGAAGGGUACAAGGAGGUAAAAAGCAUUGGUGCUUCUGUUGAUCAAUCUAUUGAUGUUGCUGGAAUCUGCAAUGAGGCAGCUACUCUUGAUCAAGAAGACACGGUUAUUGAUGAAAGUAACUCUGGUGAACCAUGGGUUCAAGGACUUAUGGAAGGCGAGUAUUCUGAUCUGAGUGUUGAGGAACGCCUUAGUGCCCUUGUUGCUUUAAUUGGCAUUGCGAAUGAAGGAAACUCAAUUCGCAUUAUUCUAGAGGAACGUUUGGAAGCCGCAAAUGCUCUAAAGAAGCAAAUGUGGGCAGAGGUACAACUUGAUAAACGCCGAAUGAAAGAGGAGUAUGUGAUGAAGAUGCAGUAUCCAUCUCACAUCAGUGACAAGACUGAACCAAAUGUUCAAAUUUCUUCUGUUGAGGGCAGGCAAAGCCCAUUGCCUACUGUUGACGACAAAAAUGGUUUGGUAUCAACAAAUCCUGUAGAACAGAAAGAGCACCUUCAUGAUGCACAGAAUGAUCAGAACUACACUAUUCAUAUGCCCACCGAACGGAACCCACCAAUACAAGAGGCCUCUACAUGCACAGAUAAUCUUUCACUCCUGCAACCUGGAUAUGCUGCUGAAAGGUCACGGUCUCAGUUAAAAGCUUAUAUUGGUCAUAAGGCAGAAGAGAUGUAUGUAUACCGGUCCUUGCCUCUUGGGCAAGAUCGCAGACGGAACCGUUACUGGCAGUUUAUAACGUCUUCUUCUCGAAAUGAUCCUGGGUCUGGCAGGAUUUUCGUUGAGUUACGUCAUGGCUGUUGGAGGCUUAUUGAUUCUGAAGAGGGUUUUGAUGCUCUGUUGGCAUCUUUGGAUGUCCGUGGGCUAAGGGAAUCCAAUUUGCACUCAAUGUUGCAGAAGGUUGAAGUGUCUUUCAAGGAAACUCUGAGGAGGAACUUGGCACACACUAAGGCUGGAAGACCAAUAAAUAAUUUCAAAACAGAAGUUUCUGGAAUGGCUUAUAGCCUUGAUUGUAGUGCCAGUUCAGAUAGUCCUUCCUGCACUGUUUAUGUUUCAAAUUCUGAUAUGCCAGAACCUUCGUCAUCUUUUUCAAUUGGGCUUGGAAGGAAUGAAACAGAGAAAAAGGAUGCCUUGAAGAGAUACCAAGAUUUCGAGAAAUGGAUGUGGGAAGAGUGCCUUAAUUCUUCAGUAUUAUAUGCUGUUAAGUAUGGAAAGAAAAGAUGCAGACAGCUACUGGACGUUUGUGACUGCCGUGAUGUGUACUAUUUUGAGGAUGACCAUUGUCCUUCUUGCCAUAGGACUUACGAAACUUCCAUCAGAGACAUAAAUUUUUCCGAACAUGUGGCUAAAUGCAAAGAGAAAUUUAAGGGGGACCCCUGCUGGACUUCACAGGGUUUGGACCCUUCUCCUCCUUUGAGGAUCAGAUUACACAAAGCGCUAUUAGCAUUGAUAGAGGUUUCUAUUCCUAUAGAAGCUCUUCAACCUGCUUGGUCAGAGGGCUAUCGAAGAUCAUGGGGUAUGAAGCUGCACACCGUAACUUCAGCUGAAGAACUUCUUCAGAUUCUGACUUUGUUAGAGGUUGGCAUAAAGAAGGACUUUUUAUCUUCGAAUUUUGAGACAACCAAUGAGUUAUUGGGGUCCUGUAACCAAACAGAGUUUGCUGCUAAUGUUUCCCUCAAUUCGGAAUUGGUUUCUGUGCUUCCUUGGGUACCUCAAACAUCAUCUGCCGUUGCACUAAGGCUCAUGGAACUUGAUGCAUCCAUUUAUUACGAGCUGCACCAGAAAAAAAUCGAUUCUCAAAAGGACAAAGGAGCUGGGGAUUUCAUUAUGCCCCCAUCAAAAUUUUCUCUUGUAAAGAAUGUCCCAGAGUAUGAUCUGGCACAAGCUCCACUCGAAACUGAAAAUCUCCUACAAGAACCUUGGGCUGACCAUGGGAGUCUUCACUCGAGCUCAGGACGGGGACGAGGGGCACGUGGGCGAGGCCGUGGUGGUCGUACCCGUGGUGGGAGAUCUCAGAGAAGAGCCAUCAGUUCCAGAUCUGUGAAUGCUCAGAGAAGUACCACAACAAAUAGUGAGAGAUUUGGACAGUUGCUAGGGUGGAAAGGGCGAUCGCGUGGACGAGGUGGGCGUAAGCGGGGUCGUCGAACUGCUAGGAGCAGACAAAAACCAGUGAAGAGAGUGGCCGAGAUUGGCAGUGAGAGAGAUCAACCAAAAGAGGUUCUCUUUGAGAACACUGUUAGGAGUUCAGAUCUGCAGUGGAAUAGGGAAGAACCCACGGGGACUCCACUGUUGGGUGCUGAAAAUGCUAGCAGUUCUGAAAGAUCAGAGUAUGAAGAUUAUAAUCGGCAAGCGAUGGCAGAGGAUGAAUACGAUGAUGAUCUGAUGGUGGAUGACUAUUCUAGUGUCUUCAAUGGCAAGUCAAUGCACCUAAUGGAGGGUAUUGAUUACAAUUUAGACGGCGAGGAAGACGAUGAUGAUCGUGCUCAGGAGGAGGGGGAUGACGAUGCAGAUGCAGAUGGAGAUGGAGAUGAGGACGAGGGAGAUGAUAGUGAGGAAGAUGGACAAGGAGACACGGAUGUUGAAAGAUAUAUCAAUGAUGAGUCAGAUGAAGGUGAGGAGGAGAAUAGAGAUGGUGGUGGAGAGCAAAUUGGUAACACGGAUGAAGGUGAAGGUACGGGAUCCACAUCUUCAGAAUAUAGUGACGAAUAACAAUACUCAUAUGGAGAGAUCUGUACUGGAUGUACAACAUAUAUAUCUUAUGAUGAUUAGGUUUGGAUUAUUUUUUUGGUUAGAAAGCUGUUAGCACUGUCCUUUGUCAACUUUCUGUGUAUUUAUAGAGGGUUCAAAUCAAUAGUUAUUGCAGGUGCACGGAGCACCUUUAAUAUGCUAUUAGGGUUAUUUUUGAAUUAGUAAUAGUAGUCUCUGAUGUUAAAUUAAACUCUGAUCAUGGGUCAAAUUGUAAAAAUACCAUGUUAUGCAACAAUAAUAAAUAGAUUAUUAUUGGUGGUGAAUAGCCACUUCAAUUCCUGCA